AUAUGAAAAAGAGAAAUGGUGCCAGCUAUGAAUUUGAAGGAUCAAAGCUUUCUUUCUCUUAAGGCUAAAGCUGUCAUCUCUUUCUCUCUCUUCCUUAUAGUGUUCUAUUUCUCUCCACAUUCACACACAUACACACACUCUCUCUCUAUCUCUAUCUCUCUCAAGUUCUCUGUUCCUUUACAAUCACUUCUCUUUACAAAUCUUGAGAGGAGAAGAAGCAAAGGAUUUUGAGGGGAAACAUUAGAAAGCUUAUACGCAUUGGACUGUUCUUGAUGAUUCGAAUCGCUUGAAUCAAAUCAAAAGCUAUUUUUCAUUUCCAAACAAGAACCAAUGGCGGUUUGUUCUAACGUUAAUGGCGAUAAGAAACACUGGUGGUUCACUCAAAGAAAGCUUGUUGAUAAGUACAUUAAAGAUGCAAAGACUUUAAUGGCACGUGAGGAGCUAAACGACGUCACUUCAGCUGUUCAUUUACUCGACGCAGCCUUGUCCAUGUCGCCUCGUUUGGAGACGGCGUUAGAGCUUAAGGCUAGAUCUCUUCUCUUCCUCCGUCGUUUCAAAGAAGUCGCCGAUAUGCUUCAAGAUUACAUUCCCAGUCUUAAGCUGACCGCGAACGAAGAAGAAGCAUCACCUCCUUCAUCGGAAGGCUCCUCCUCAUCCUCAUCCUCGCGCGACGGAGUCAAGCUUCUCACGGACGCAUCCUUGCCGGGACGUGAGUCGUCAUUUAAAUGCUUCUCUGUUUCUGAUUUGACAAAGAAAGUGAUGGCAGGGAUCUGUAAAAAAUGCGACAAAGAAGGGCAAUGGAGGUACGUUGUGUUGGGGCAAGCUUGUUGCUAUCUAGGACUAAUGGAGGAUGCGAUGGUUCUCCUCCAAACCGGGAAACGUCUCGCCUCCGCCGAGUUUCGUCGCCGGAGUAUCUGCUGGUCAGACGAUAGCUUCACUCUCCUCUCCGAAUCCUCGUCAACGUCUCCGCCACGCAACCUCACGGAGGGUGAGAACUUCACUCACCUCCUCGCUCACAUAAAGCUCCUCCUCCGUCGCCGCGCCGCUGCGAUCGCCGCACUCGACGCCGGACUUUACUCUGAAUCGAUCCGCCACUUCUCGAAGAUCGUCGACGGUCGCCGCCCCGCGCCGCAAGGAUUCCUCGCGGAAUGCUAUAUGCAUCGAGCCACCGCGUAUAGAUCCGCCGGUCGAAUCGCGGAGGCGAUCGCCGAUUGCAACAAAACGCUAGCUCUCGAGCCGUCGUGCAUCCAAGCGCUGGAGACUAGAGCCGCGCUUCUGGAAACGGUGCGGUGCUAUCCAGAUUCGCUUCACGAUCUUGAGCACUUGAAGCUACUGUACAACACGAUUCUACGUGAUCGGAAGCUUCCAGGUCCGGCGUGGAAACGCCACAACGUGAAAUACAGAGAGAUCCCUGGGAAGCUUUGCGUGCUGACCACGAAAACUCAGAAGCUGAAGCAGAAGAUCGCAAACGGAGAAACUGGAAACGUUGAUUAUUACGGUUUGAUAGGAGUGAGACGCGGCUGUACAAGAUCGGAGCUGGAUCGAGCUCAUCUAUUGCUGUGUUUACGAUACAAACCGGAUCGAGCCUCGUCUUUUAUUGAUCGGUGUGAGUUCACGGAUCAGAACGAAGUUGAUUCGGUUAGAGAUCGAGCGAAGGCAGAGGCGGCCGAGAAGCGGAGAAAGAACGCUGCGGCGGUUCAAGCUCCAGUUCAAACGCCAAUGCACAAGGUUGAAGAACAGAAAGCGGUUAAAAAAGCCGUUAUGGUUAAGAUAACCGAGUUUGCUGAACCGAAAGCAUUGGAGAAAUCUAAGAUAACCGAGAAUACUGAACCGAAACCGGUUAAUUCCAAUGCGUACCAAGGAGUGUUCUGUAGAGAUCUCGCUGCGGUCGGGAACCUACUAACCCGGGCUGGUUUCAACCAUCCAAUUCCGGUUAAAUAUGAAGCUCUCACGUGCUAAAACCCAACAUUGAACCGAUUAUUAUUUUUCUACCAACAAGUCAGCGAAUGGAAACGCCGUCGUUUUCUCGUUUCUUGACCACUCGUCUCUGAACAGAAAAGGAAAAAUCAUUAAGCCGUCAGAAGGAAAAGAAUAAUAAAAUAAUAGCAUAUGGAUGAUUACAUAUGAAAACGAUGUUUAGGUAUUGCAAUGAAGGUUGAUCCACUGCAGGAAAAUUUUGUAACGUUACAUAUAUCUUCAAUAUUCGUCUC